AAAAAAAAAAAAUUAAGUUCGUGAUAUUAUGGUCAUAAAUGGCAAUGGGGGAUGAGGCCCUUGAGGGAGACCUUGAAAGCAUCCAAGAGGGAAAUAGUCACCACUUGGGUAUGAGAGCUCUGCUAUAUAUAUUAAUGGUAGAGCUCAAGAAAGUAGAGCCGUGUCUUUAUUUACAAGAGAAUUAAACAAGUAUAAUAAAAGAGUCAUACCACAAGAGAAGCCUUUAUAAAUAUUCUCAAAGGCAACUACUCAAUCUCACCUCACACUUGUUUCUCUUGUCUGUCAAAUUUCUCUUUUCAACAAUGAUGAGUAAGAGGCCAAGAAUUGUGAUAAUUGGAGCAGGAAUGGCUGGCCUUACAGCAGCCAACAAGCUCUACACUGCCACUGGAGGGAAAGACUUGUUUGAGCUGUGUGUUGUGGAAGGUGGGAGAAGAAUUGGUGGCAGAAUCAACACUUCUGAGUUUGGUGGUGACCGGAUUGAGAUGGGUGCAACGUGGAUCCAUGGCAUUGGAGGGAGCCCAGUUCAUCAAAUUGCACAAGAAAUCCAUGCACUAGAGUCAGAGCAGCCAUGGGAGUGCAUGGAUGGGUUCUCUGACGAGCCGAUAACGGUUGCCGAAGGCGGGUUUGAGCUAAAUCCGCCAUUAGUGGAGCCUGUGACGACCCUCUUCAAGAACCUGAUGGAUUAUGCUCAGGGGAAGCUGGGUGAAGACAGUGCGGGGAGUGAAGAAACUGAUUACUCUAGGCUUGCAGCCAAGGCUUUCAAGAUUUCUGCAGCCAAUGGUGGUGAAGAAAAGCUCAGUAUUGGUUAUUUUCUACGACAAGGCCUUGAUGCUUAUUGGGAUUCUAAAAAAGACCAAGAAGAGCUAGAGCUCAGAGGGUAUGGGAACUGGAGCAGAAGGUUGGUUGAAGAAGCUGUGUUUGCAAUGCAUGAGAACACCCAGAGGACUUAUACAUCGGCUGGUGAUCUUUUGACUUUAGAUUAUAGUGCAGAAAGCGAGUAUCGUAUGUUUCCUGGUGAAGAAAUCACCAUUGCUAAAGGGUACUUGAGCAUAAUUGAAUCACUAGCUUCUGUGCUACCACCUGGUCUAGUCCAGUUAGGCCGAAAGGUCACAAGAAUUGAAUGGCAGCCUCAAGGCCAUGAAUCAUCAUCAGUCAUGGAAAAUGGUCAUGCUGCUAGGCCUGUGAAGCUACAUUUCUGUGAUGGGUCGAAUAUGUUGGCUGAUCAUGUCAUUGUCACGGUUUCACUAGGAGUACUUAAAGCCGGAAUUCGUGAAGAUUCAGGUAUGUUCAAUCCUUCCCUGCCUUCAUUUAAGUCUGAGGCAAUAUCAAGGCUCGGAUAUAGUGUUGUCAACAAGCUGUUUGUGCAAGUGAAAGGCAAUGACUUCAACCAGUUUCCAUCUCUCCAAUUGGUUUUCCAUCGACCGGACUCUGAAUUCCGGCAUAAGAAAAUACCUUGGUGGAUGAGGAGGACAGCUACUCUGGGCCCAAUUUACAACAAUUCGAGUGUCCUGCUAUCUUGGUUUGCAGGGAAAGAAGCAUUAGAGCUUGAAUCACUUGAAGAUGAACAGAUCCUUAAUGGGGUCUCAACAACAAUCUCUAGCUUUCUAUCAAAACCCCACAAGGAAGCCAACUCUAACUCCCAUGAAUUAUGCAAUGGAAAGGCCAAUUCUGUGGGAAACUCUCAUGGAAGUGCAGUGAAAGUCACAAAGAUAUUGAAGAGCCAAUGGGGUAAUGAUCCUUUAUUUUUGGGGUCUUACAGUUAUGUUGCUGUUGGGUCAAGUGGCGAUGAUUUGGAUAAAAUGGCGGAGCCACUGCCAAAACUUAGCAGUUGUGAGCCUGCUGCUCCCCCUCCACCACUUCAAAUUCUGUUUGCAGGAGAGGCAACACACAGAACCCACUAUUCUACAACGCAUGGAGCUUACUUCAGUGGUCUUAGAGAAGCCAAUAGGCUUCUUCAACAUUAUCACUGUGUCGGGGUUUAGGACACUUAGUACUUAAUUUUUUUUUUUUUUUUAAUGAAGAUUUGUUUCUAUAAUAUCACUCUCAUUUUCAUCUAAAGCAUCUUCUCUUUCUUUAAAGUGGGUUAGAGUGGGAGGAAAAGAAAAGAAAAUUAUCAAGGAUGAAAAGAGAGAGAGAGACGAGGGAACAUUUUUAGAUGUACUGCAAGAAUUAAAGAACUUUCUUUCAUU